AUGGCUAGGUCGAGCAAUAAAAAGCUCAUCGUUGACGAGCGCUAUCGGAACCCAUCUGAAUGUUGUUGCUGUCACCCAGCAACGCCUUCUCUUCAUACGAUCAUCCUCCAAAUGCCUAAUAAUGCAGAGCAUCACUUGUUUAGCUUGCAAGUGAUUGCGAGUGAAUUACGCACUUACGUACGUAUAUCAUGUAUGUCAUGA